AUGAUCGAACCACCAAUGAUGAGGCCAAAGGUCUCGAAGAGCACGUACAUCGAAGAUGACGACGAUUUGGACGAUGAUGAUCUUGGCAAGCAAGACAACACCAUGAGCUUGGCAGAAUUUUUCAAGUCCAAUGAGCCACCAUCGGACAACUUCAUGUCGGUUCCCUUUGCUUAUGGAGAAGAUAAAGAGCGAGAAUCAAAAUGGUCUAAAUUCAUGAGCAUCAAGAGACGAAGCAAAUCCGUUCCUAGGCCGCCAGUGAACAUCCAACUGCCAGACUCUGCCGUGUCAGGCAUCACGAGCGGUGGACACAGACACAUUGCCAUCUCGAUCCCUCUCGACGCCAUGCCUUUUGCAGCCGAUUCGAAAGCACAAGACGAUACGAAUGUGAAGAAUCAUACUGGUGCCAAGUCGGGAGGGGUAAAGUCCGCGUAUAGUACUCUCCCACGAAACUUUGCGGUCCAGACAUACUCUGAAGAGAAUGGCACCAUCACUGUCUAUCAUCCAAUCACAACAGAGACACCGGAAGGAUUAGCCAGAGCUCUUCCUUCACAUCGCUCCAGUGUUCUGUCCCAGCAAUCUAUCAUAUCAGCAUCAAGCUUGGGCGAAAAGAGUAACCACACCCAAAGCAGCCACCGACGAUCCAAUAGCCAGUCUACGGGCUACUCUACAGAAGCAUCUACGGUGGCCAGCACCAAAAGCAAGCAGCCUCACUACUUUAGCAUAUUCCCAAAGCCCACCACUCUGCCACAGGGGCUUCACCCGACUCCCCCAAGAAGGCCGAACCCUCAGCAGCGAUCAGCGAAAGCAACGAGCAUGAUGAUUGCCGCCAGUCAAAAGCAUCACCAUCCAGCACAUUCGGCAUCCAUUGACGGCCUGCUGAGUUUAAUCAAAGAUGAAGAGAACCUUCGCGAUGGAUAUAAUAAAAAACCACUACCAUCCCCUCCUCCAAAGAGCGAGGCUAGAAACAAGCAGCAGUACAAGCCGGGCAUUGGAUUUCCUUCUCCCAUCACUGAAGAAUCCACAGAUGGCUCUUCAGUGGGCAGCAAGCGUGCCGUUCGAAAGGCCGUGUCUGCUCAGUCAAUGUUAUCAGUUAGCAAGGAGACACCUUCUCGUCCCUCAACAGCGGGCUCAAUACAGAGCCGUCGCGAUAAAGUUCGAGACAAGAAGAGGAGAGAUAUGGAAGCCGUACGAAAUGCAAAGUUGCUAAAGGAACAACAGCAACGACAGCAAUCUGAGAAUAAGCAGAAAGGCGAAGAGGUAGAGAGCGCCAAUGCAGACGAGCAAGAGGAAGGGAAAGGCCCUCAAAAGGCAUCUCCCAUCAACACGCUCUGCCCUAUUGUCGUCGUCGUCGAUCUUCAGCCCUCACCGGGAUUGCCCGAAGAGACUCCUGUCUCCACGCCAACUGUCUCUUCACCAAGCCAGAUGCGGCUUUCUCGCGACAUUGACAGCGAAUUGUAUCUGGAACAUAAGCGUAAUAUGAUGGACAAGCAAAUCUUACGACUCUACGAAUCUUACCACGAGAAUCGCCUCCGAGACGUGGAGCGUCGCAUACGCCGCCUGGAGCGCAAUGGUGACGUCUGGCUGCGGGCUUUGGUGCCCGUAUUGGAUGAUAUGAGCCGUAACAUCAAGACUAUCAAUCCAUCAUUCAACAACAAUAACUUUGCAGAUGUGGAGGGUCGAGGCUGGGCUUCAGACGAUGAGGUUAGCGGAGCAGGCGCAGAGCGCAAAGCUCGCAGCACCAAACGCAACAAGGCGGCGGCAAGGAGAGCUAGCUUGUCUCGAGGCCGGAUUGCGGCAGGGCUUAUUGGAGAGAAAUUGAUGUCUGAUGACAGCGAAUGGAGUGACACGAUGAGCAGAAGCGACGAUGUAAGUGGCCUUGGAAUUAUCGAGCCUUUAAUGAGAGAACUGGCCGGCGAAGCACGACGAAGACAGCAGCAGAUUGCUGAGAGGACGGCUGAUGACUGGCGUGGCAACACUGUAUAA